ACCAAAGCGGUAUCGUUUGUCGGCAAGUUGCAAGGGCGCGUUCCUCCACGUGUUGCAUCACAAUUUCUGCGACAACAACAGAAACAGGCGACUUUACUGUGUCACCAAACAAUGUUUGAUGGUGUUUGGUCGCCAAAUAUUUCCCGUUUUGGACAGACCUUUAGGUGAACGUUUCCUUGGCACCCUAAGAUAUGCAUCAUAAUCCAGAAAUGUAAAACAACUGAUUCAUGCUUUUAGCUCUGCAUUGGCGAGUUAUUUUGCACUUGGAAGCUUGGAGAGCACCCAAGAAGCUAGAGUUGCUCUCGGCUGCGCCUCGAGCAGCUCUUUCACUUCUUAUACUCGACCGCCAAACUUUGCCGCCUGCAUUCAUAAUUCGUUAUAGACCGUUAUACGCACGCUCAGCAUAAACCAAUUCUUUAAUAACAAACUGUCACAAAGCUAUUUUGAUGUACUAAUUCAAAGACGUAGUUCUCUUGUAUUACUAAAAUUUAACUUCCUUUUGGCUUCCUAAAAAAAAAAAACUGUUUUCCAUUUCAGUCAACAUGGCGUGCAUUGAUAAGAUUAUCUUGAUGUUUGUCGUUGUCCAAGUGACGUUGGUUCUGGCCAAACCACACGAGCCUGAAUAUGACGAGAGGCUGUAUCACUCCAGCGACGACAUGGAGAAAUUCGUGUACAGAAGAGGAGAUAGCUGCGCCGUGGCGCCUGAAAAGCGUAAAAACUGUGGUUAUGGAGGGAUAACCGCACAAGAAUGCGAAAGCAAAGGAUGCUGUUUUGAUGACAGCAUCAGAGGUGUCAUAUGGUGUUUUGAAAAAGGGGACUGUGGAAGUGGUUGCGAACUGGAAGGCUGUUACUCCCGCAGAUGUCGAUCUUCAUGCAGAAAUAAUGAGAGACCCGUCUCAAUAUUCGACCGCAAAUGCUCUGGAGGAGACAAGUGUUGCAUGUGUCACGUGGCCUGGGGUAAUGGCUGGUAUGUUUCGAAACAACAACUGAUGAUACAGAAUUGCAGCAGCCAGAAGUUAAAUUUUUGAAAUUAGUACUGAUUUUCAAGUAAAUGCAAAUAGUCAGUUCGGAUAACUUGCAUUGCAGAAAACCGCUAAUCGGUGUGAUGUAAAUAUAACAAAAGUACUGAGAAUAUUAAUCGCUCGAUUACAGCUUUUAAAAAGAAUGGGUAAAAAACUGAAUACAAGAGUGCUUAAAACAAAAAAAAGACUGAAGAACGAAAGGCUAACAAUGAAAAUGAAAAAUGAAAAAACUGAAUAAAAGAGUGCUUAAAACAAAAAGAAGACUGAAGAACGAAAAGCUAACAAUGAAAGUCAACAAGAAAAUGGUAAAUUAGCAUGGUUAACUUGUUUGUUUAAAGAACGUUUCCUCCUUGAUUUUAAGUCGCAAAGGCAGAGGCAAAAUCAGUAUCCCGGCUUAUUUCACAAACGUUACAUAGAAGACGCACUCAAGCUGAAGAUUGAUUUAAUUUGUUGCUUUCUUUUUUGUUCCAACAGCACCUACGAUCCCUAGUAGGAGUAAGCAGAAGUCGCGAUGACCGCUACAGGAAAAACAGCUGUUAGAACAAUCUUUUAACAUUACCUUUUUGUGUGUUUAGAAAACAAAGCAAAAAAUAAAAGAAUUUUUUGCCGCGACUAAGUGUGUCAAACAUUUGAGGACAGCUGACGUUCUUGUGCACUUCACCACAGGGGCGCUACAAGGACGUUUGAAAGAAAAAGCGAGAAACUAAACUACAAGAGAGUGUGUGCAAGUUUGAUUCUAUCGGUCUGGAGUAGUGGGUAAAUGAGGCACGUUUCAAACCACAUUCUAGCCAGUUCAUGGCCCAUUAUUUAAUAUAAGUUCAGCUGAUGGAAAGAACGGCGUUUGAAACGGAAAUCAUACUCUGAACAGCCCCAGUAGCAAAACAAUGGGAGAUGUGUUAACUCAGCUUGAGCUGUAUAAGCGCAGGUUGGUUUUCUCUGUCAAGAAAGCUAAUGUGUAUUGCCAUAAAAAAUGUCUACUACCCUCCCUUGAUCUUCCUUCCCCGGCACGGAGGCUCCGGGGGGUACUCUGUAAAUCUUUGGGUGGGGGUGUGUUGUUGGGACACUGAAACCCUUACCCUAUACUAGACCAUGAUCAGCUUGAUUUUGCAACCCUAUUCUAGACCAGGCACCAAAAUGCCCUAUACUAUCCCAGACUAGCUAUUUCCAAUGCAGAAACUUUAAAAUUAUUCUAAACCAAAACUGUCCCAGA